AAAGAAAGAGUUUCUUCAUGUCGCUGUGAAAGGAGGAACAGAGAACAACAUUCUCCUACAUACUGGCGUGAAGGCUUCAUGAAGAGUUUCGGAGACCUGUUCAGCCUGCAAACCGAUGAAAUAUGGGAAGCACAGGCAAAACAGAGAUUAAAGAAUCUUUGAAGAGAGAAGAAGGGGACCUGCAGAACAGGAUGAAUAUGAAGGAUUUUGAGAAGAUGAAAACUAUGUUUUUGGCUCCAGAUCUAAGUGAACCUGUCUCCUUGACCAGGGAAGAGUUCAUUGACAGAAUAUCUUCAGUGGUUGGAUGGGGCACAAAGAAAGAGUAUGGAGAGCUUUUUGACAGAAUAGAUGUUACUCGUGAUGGAUCCAUUGACUGGGAAAAGGUGACUUCUUUCCUGUUGCUGGAGCUUAAUGAAAAAGAUGAACGAACCAAGUCCACAAUUGUCCCACAGUGGAAGGAUAUUGUUUUCCUACCACUGCUGCACAAAGAAGCCAUCCACAAAAUGGUGUACCUCAAAACGUCCAGCAGAUACCUGAGCGUCAGUAAAGAUGGGCUGUUAGGAGUAUGGGGUGACAGUUUGGAAUUGCAUCAGAGCAUUCGAAUUGCUACAGACUCCGUCAGACCCAAAGAUCUAUGGGUGACAAGUUUAGCAUCAAUGCCCAAUGUGAACAAGAUUGCAGUUGCCUUCACCAGCAAAGAGAUCUGCUUCUAUGACCUCCUGUCAAAACAAGAGUUCUCCUGCCAAUAUAAAUUGCAAGACCUGGAAAAUACACCACUGAGCAUGGAUUACUGGUACAAUCCGAGUGAUUUGAACAAAGCCGUGCUCAGCUUUGGAGACACUGGUGGACAGGUCAAUGGUAUUUGUUUCACUACUGCAAUGAUUACACUUUUUGAGAGAACCUCCUCCUCACCCGACCAGGAUUCAGUGACCAUCAUUAAAUGGAAAGAACUUAUCAGCAGCAGUCACAAGUGUUGCUAUGUCUUCAGAUUCAUGGCUCAUAGCAGAAGCUGGGUGAGACAAGUGAAGUACAUUGGCAACUUGGAAGCCUUUCUUUCAUGUUCAACAUGCAGCACGAACAGUAUGGUACUGGGCUGGAAGGAGAGAGACAAGGCAGCUCCCCGAACCACGACAAUCAGUACAAUUAAGGGAAUUAAUGCCUUUGACUACCAUGUGGGGCUGAACUUAAUAGCCACGGCUGGUGUCAAUAAUAAGGUGUGCCUUUGGAAUCCCUAUGUGAUUUCCAAACCAGCUGGCAUUCUGCAAGGCCACUUGGCAAAUGUAAUUGCUGUUCAGUUUAUUGUCGGUAAAAAGCAGCUGCUGAGCUUUUCAAAAGAUAAGGUUCUCAGAGUAUGGGAUGUGCUUUCUCAGCUAUGCAUCUAUCGUAUCUCUAGCAUAUUCCCAAAAUGCACUGGCUUUCAUACGUUGCUCUUCUUUGAAGAAGAUCAUGGUAGACUUUUUCUGACCUUUAAUGGACAGAUUUCCUUACUUGAAUUAAAGCAGGAGACAGGGAAGAGAAUAACCAGCCAUGAGAAGAGUGUUACUUGCGUGCUUUACAAUAGUGUGUUUAAACAGGUAAUUAGCUCAGAUAUUGAUUCUACUGUUACCUUUUGGAUGAUUGACACUGGCCAGAAGAUUAAACAGUUCACUAAAUGCCAUGGCAAUGCAGAGAUCACUACAAUGGCUCUUGAUGCCUCAGAAACCCGACUUUUCACAGCUGGCACAGAUGGAACAGUAAAGGUUUGGGAUUUUAAUGGCCAUUGCCACCACAAACUAAAUGCUGGACAAGAUCAAUCUGCUGAAAUAUCCCAGAUUCUGGUGCUUAAGAGGACAAUUUUGAUUCUUGGGUGGGAAAGAUUCAUUACAAUUUUCCGGUUGAACACGUUCACCCAAUUCUUCAUCCAGCCUUCAGAAUGGAAGGGAGGAGUUCAACAUCUGGAUGACAUUCUCUGUGCAGCAUUCCUACCGCCACACACCUUAGUCACAGGCAGCUAUGAUGGUGAAAUCAUAAUAUGGAACAGCAACACAGAAAAUGCUUCUCGUAGGCUACACUCAGAAAGUAAACGAACGCUUAAGUCGAAAUCAGACAGCCAAAUACAUAAGUUAAGAGCCUCAGGCAAUGUUCAUCGCCGAGGCUCAAUAUAUCCUUUCAAGAAUGAUAGAUCUCCCAGUGCUGUCAGUGAAGGUGAUGCAGAAUGUAACUAUACAGUGACGAGGCUUUGCUUUCUGGAAGCGAGGAAUAACAUGUCUGCUGCAGGAGGAGCCAACCUGGUGUCUUGUGGUGGUUCGGGAUUUGUACGGUUCUGGAGCACAUCUCGCAACUUGCUGAUUGCUGAAUUCAUUGCUCACAAGGAUGCAGGCUCUAUUAUCAUGACAGUUGAUAAUAGCAGUCAUUAUCUGAUCACUGGAGACUGUGAUGGACUUAUUAAAGUCUGGAGUAUAAAGGAGUACUGCCUGGAUUUCAGUGAAAGUGUUUUCAAGCAGCCCCCUCCUUUGCAAGCAUCAUUUCAGCCUCACAUUGACUGCGUUACUCACCUUGAAAUGUGUGUGCACAAUGGACGACUGCUUAUCAUUUCUGCAUCAGCUGACUGUAGUGUGGCAGUCAGUGACAUCUGGGGAUUACCUAUUGGCAUAUUUGGACAGGAGGAGCACUGGCGCAUAGAUGCAAAUGUUGAACAUUUUCCUGAAAAUGCACAGUUAUUAGACGAUGAGAACAAUUCGACAGAAGAUGAACAUAUCAGUCAUGAUGAACUUUUGAAGGAGGAGAAAAAGGCUUAUGAACCUGAAAUGCCAGAAUAUAUCACCGAGGUCCCUACAGAUCUUAUGGAAAUGGAGCCAGUUGCUAACAUAUGGGAGAACAGCAUUUUGGGAAAAAAAUUUAAAGAAAGAAGAAGAUCAAAAGGGAACAGUCACAAACCUUUCAUUUGGGACAAAAUACAGAGUGCAGUAGGUACCUUUAGCUCACUGCAUAUUGAAGAGCUUGGAAGCAUCACUGAAAUUAAUAAACCAGAUUUCAUAACAAAUCCCCAUAAAUACUUCAGCGAGAAGUCAGAAGAGAAGUCAACUGAACCAGCCAUUCCCUCUUCAGAUUCGACUGUUUUGAUAGCUGCCUUUGAUGAGAGGAGCCUGUUUCCAAAAGAAAUUCUGGACCGAAAAAAGAAAUCCAAAGAUGCAGAUGAGGCCAAAGUCAAUAAAAAACAAAAGAGCAAGAAACAAACUAGAUCACAGGCUAAAACUUUGCAGGCUCUUUGAAUGUCUAAUCAGCUUCUCAGGAAAUAGAAAACAAAAUAUGAACAGAGUUGUGAGCAUUAAGCCCAUUGUAGACAAAGGCAUUGUUACUUCUCCAAACAAUCAACGUUAUUCUAAGUAGCACCUUUCACAGCAAGCAGUAUCCCAAAAGGCUGUAUACAUCAAACAAGACUACAUUUGGUGAAAUUAUCCACCAAAACUAGUAUAUAAAGGGCCAGGAUAAAGUAUUUACUUUGUUCAUGUUCAGUGUUAUUGUGUAAUUUUCACAACAUUAUAGUCAUUUUCAUAACAAAAUUGAAUAGCUCAUUAGAUAAAACGUGUUCCAGAACAAACAAUAACAUUACAUUUUGAUAAUUAUUUAUUUUUUCAAAAAAGGUAUGCAGUGCCAUAAAAAAGCAGUUACCACUACCGUCACCCCACAUAACUGGUUAGACUAUCGUUAGCAACAAGACUUUUCUUUUGUUAAUAGUCACACUCUCUCAGUGCUUGCACUCCUUUAUUCCUUAACUUGUUUACCUCACACAUUCACAAGUUAUUCUAUAUGAACUACUCAUUUUAGAUUAUGUCAGAAAAUCAUACUGAGGUUUAGUUCUGAACUUUGACAUUGCUGCUUCACAGUUCUAAAUCUGCAGUCGCACACUACAGAGAAUAUGGGAAACACAAGCUUUCUGGAGAAUAUUUCACGCAGACAGCUUUCCCAGUGUGGCACUUUGGAGGGAAAGUUUCAAUGUAUUGCUGAAUCUUUACCUGAAACCAUUACAUAUAAAAAAAUAAUCAUAACAACACCUGAAAUGGCAUUUUGUGGUUAAAAUUGUAUUGGGAGUAACAAGUGAUGUGUAUAGAAACAUGGAUGCGUCACAUUUUUAUUGCUGAAAUGGUCACUGUUGGGGCGCUUUUCUUUGUGUUGCUCAGUGUCUUAUAUUUGAUUAAAUAAAGUGCCUCACAAUGGCAAAACAUGCCAUAUUAAAUCAAAAAAGAUUACACAUGUGUAGUUUUUCAUUUAUUGUAUUUCCUCUUGUUUUCAUUUUUCAAAAUCAUGUUAAAACUGCUGUUUCACGUGCCAUUGAUUUAACUUGAACAAUGCUUGAUAAAUUUCUGUACAAAGUUUUUCUUACAUAUAUUUAUGACAAACUGCAGAAACGGUCAGACAAGACAUGUUUGCAGCACAAAGUCCAAAAAAACUGAAUAAACAUUUGUAAAUAUAUGUUAUGUUAAUAAGAUUGUUUUUUAUUUUUCACCUUUACAGCACUAAAGGGUCCCUGAUCACUUCUAGGCAGCUC